AUGUCGAGGUUAACAAGAUUAAUAGCGCAUCUUAAAAACAAGUUAAAGUUCCAUGAACAGAAAAUUCGAAGGCUUCAAAGUAUUAACAAGAGAUACAGAUUGAAAAUACAUAGAUUAAGAAAAGACAAAAACAAUCAAAGGCUAAAUAAACAGUCUAAAAUACAUUUUCCAACUAUUAUUAACGAGAUUCACAAAUUUUAUGAAGAGGACACCAAUAGAAGACAAGCAGCAGGAAGAAAAGAAUUUAUAACAAGACAAGGAACUAAGAAUACAAAAAGUUACUGGUGCAAAAUUAAGGAGCCUAUUCUCGGUGAUAUUAAUAAAGUUAAAAUCAUAACGACGAAGAAAAAUGAAAAAGCUAAACCUUUAGAUCUUAUUGAAAAAUUACGAAACAAGUCCAACCAAUUUCUGAAACAUUGUUUCACUAUUGAGAAACAGUAUAAAGAAAUGAAAAAGUUAAAAGAUUUCCUGCGUAAUAAUGAAGCAAUUAUCCACAUGUAUUGGUCAGAAAAUUAUGAGCUGAAAUAUCACGAAGAAGUCCAAUCAAUGCAUUUUGGCGGUAGCCGCCGUCAAGUUGCCUUGCAUACUUCUGUGCUAUAUCUCCACGAAGAAUCGACUGGCCAAAAGAUAACAAAGUCUUUUUGUUCUACCAGCGCUAACCUACGUCAUGAUGCUGCUGCGGUGUUGGCGCACCUUAAACCUGUACUUGACUAUAUUUACCAGCAAAACAUUCCUAAUAUAAAAAUAGAGGUAGUUAGUGACACCUUCAUUAUUGCAAAAUCGAACAGCUUACCUCUUUGUUUACCAACCUUUAAAGGCACCCUUGAUGUGCAUCAAGUUCUAUGGGAUAUAUUCUGUGGUCAAAAUCUCACAUUCAGAAAAUUCAGCUGUUUUAUCUGCGAGGCGAAUGUUCAAUGCGAACAUGGUGCACAUCUCGGGUUCCUUAAAGUACCUGAUUUCACACAUUCCGUCGAGGUUAAAACAUUAGCUGAUGCAAGAAAUAUGAGUGCUAAUAUUCCUAUUUAUGUGACAGUUGCCACCACUCAAGAUGAUUCUCAAAAUAAUACUGUUUUUACUGAAUUAUCUAAUAUUGAUCCUGUUACACUAAGUACGCCAUCAACAUCUAAAUCUUACAAGGCCACCUUUUGUGAUUUUGAGGAAUUAGUACCGGCAAAUAGCCUAAGUAGUCUAGAAAUGUUAAAAGAAAACGUCGAACAACUUCCUAUUGCGAGUACCAGUGGUGAAUUGUUGAAUUUACAUGUUGCUGAUUGGGUUUUAAUUAAAAAGACUCGCAGAGCAAUAAAGCAUCAAGUAGGUCGGGUAAUUGGAAUAUGUGGUGAUAAUAUUUCUAUAUCAGUUCUUAAUAAAGUACCAGGUGGAUUUCGAUGGUCAAAGUUACGAAAAAGGGAGGUGAUUUCUAUGAACUGUCUUAAAGCAGUUGUGCCUGAACCAAAUAUAGAUGCCAAACUUAAUUUUUACUUUCAAAAUAUUGAUUUCAUACAUUAUUAA